AUGAAUUAUUUUCCUUGGUUAACACUAGUUGUAGUUUUGCCAAUAUUCGCGGGUUCCUUAAUUUUCUUUCUCCCUCAUAGAGGAAAUAAGGUAAUCCGUUGGUAUACUAUAUGUAUAUGUUUAACAGAACUACUUCUAACAACCUAUGCAUUCGGUUAUCGUUUCCAAUUGGAUGAUCCAUUAAUGCAACUGACAGAGGAUUAUAAAUGGAUCAAUUUUUUUGAUUUUUACUGGAGAUUGGGAAUAGAUGGAAUUUCUAUAGGACCUAUUUUACUGACAGGAUUUAUCACAACUUUAGCUACUUUAGCGACUCGGCCGGUUACUCGAGAUUCCCGACUAUUCCAUUUCCUGAUGUUAGCAAUGUAUAGCGGUCAAAUAGGACCAUUUUCUUCUCGAGACCUUUUACUUUUUUUCAUCAUGUGGGAGUUAGAAUUAAUUCCAGUUUAUUUACUUCUAUCCAUGUGGGGGGGAAAGAAACGUUUGUAUUCAGCUACAAAAUUUAUUUUGUACACUGCAGGAAGUUCUGUUUUUUUAUUAAUAGGAGUUCUGGGUAUUGGUUUAUACGGCUCCAAUGAACCGACAUUAAAUUUUGAAACAUCAGCUAAUCAAUCGUACCCUGUAGCACUGGAAAUAAUAUUCUAUAUUGGAUUUCUUAUUGCUUUUGCUGUCAAAUCACCGAUCAUACCCUUGCAUACAUGGUUACCAGACACUCAUGGAGAGGCGCAUUACAGUACUUGUAUGCUUUUAGCCGGAAUCUUAUUAAAAAUGGGAGCAUAUGGAUUGGUUCGGAUCAAUAUGGAAUUAUUACCCCACGCUCAUUCGAUAUUUUCUCCCUGGUUGAUGAUAGUAGGCACAAUUCAAAUAAUCUAUGCAGCUUCAACAUCUCCAGGUCAGCGUAAUUUAAAAAAAAGAAUAGCCUAUUCUUCUGUAUCUCAUAUGGGUUUCAUAAUUAUAGGAAUUGGUUCUAUAAGCGAUACAGGACUCAACGGAGCCAUUUUACAAAUAAUCUCUCACGGAUUUAUUGGCGCUGCGCUUUUUUUCUUGGCCGGAACGAGUUAUGAUAGAAUACGUCUUGUUUAUCUCGACGAAAUGGGCGGAAUGGCUAUCGCAAUUCCAAAAAUAUUCACGACUUUCAGUAUCUUAUCAAUGGCUUCUCUUGCAUUACCGGGCAUGAGCGGUUUUGUUGCCGAAUUGAUAAUUUUUUUUGGAAUACUUACUAGCCAAAAAUAUCUUUUAAUGACAAAAAUAUUAAUUACUUUUGUAAUGGCAAUUGGAAUGAUAUUAACUCCUAUUUAUUCAUUAUCUAUGUUACGCCAGAUGUUCUAUGGAUACAAGCUUUUUAAUGCCCCAAACUCUUAUUUUUUUGAUUCUGGACCGCGAGAAUUAUUUGUUUCGAUCUCGAUCCUUUUACCUGUAAUAGGUAUUGGUGUUUAUCCCGAUUUCGUUUUCUCAUUAUCAGUUGACAAGGUCGAAGCUAUUAUAUCCAAUUAUUUUUAUAGAUAG